GGAGUUCUUCUUUGUAUUCAUGAGGGUACGUGAAUGGCUCUCUAUAAAGGAGAAAGGUCUUUUGUUCUUGCAAUUCCCUGUAUCAUCUUCAUCUCUCGCUAUACCUCUAGUUAGAUUGUGCAUGAGAGAGUUCUUCUUCUCCUCUCUCUCUCUCUCUCUCUCUCUUGAAGACUUCCUCCCAGAAAGAGUUCCCUCUCACAGAUUGAGACUCCAAGCAUGGCAGACUCAGACCGCUACAGCAAUCUUUUCAAAGGAAGCUUGAAUCACUACGGCUUUCCCUCCCACACUUCUGCAACACACAGCUUGUAUGCUGCCUUCACCAACUACACUUACGUGCAGUCAUCACCGGCCUCUCCUCUAAGAGAAGCCCUUCCCCUCCUUAGCCUCAGUCCUACAAGGCACGGCCACCAGCAGGAGGAGGACGUGGAGGAGGAGGAGGAGGAGGAGGAGGAGGAGGAGGAGCUGGAGACAUCCUGCAGUGCCUUAGUGGAAGGUGACGGCGAUGGCAAGAGCAACUGGUUGAGUAGGGGAGAUAGUGUGGAGGAGGAAGCUGUCAGUGUGGCCCUCCAUAUAGGCCUCCCGAGACCCAGAGAAGCUGAUCUCGUCUCUAGGGUCUCCUCCACUUCAGUGAAGGAAGACAAAGAGCUCGAAGAAGAUGACGAUGGUGUUGAUGCUAUUCCCCUGCGUCACCCUACCAUAGGGAAGCUCACAAGGGGUCAAUAUUGGAUCCCCACCCCUUCUCAGAUCCUCAUAGGCCCUACUCAGUUCCCAUGUCCCGUUUGCUGCAAGACCUUCAAUAGAUACAACAACAUGCAGAUGCAUAUGUGGGGGCAUGGAUCACGGUACAGGAAGGGACCGGAGUCGCUGAAGGGGACGCAGCCAACGGGGAUGCUGCGGCUGCCGUGCUACUGCUGCGCGCCGGGAUGCAGGAACAACAUCGACCACCCGAGGUCGAAGCCGCUCAAGGACUUCAGGACCCUUCAAACCCACUACAAGAGGAAGCAUGGGAUCAAGCCGUUCAUGUGCCGCAAGUGCGGGAAGGCUUUCGCGGUGCGGGGCGACUGGCGAACCCACGAGAAGAACUGCGGCAAGCUAUGGUACUGCAUCUGUGGCUCCGAUUUCAAGCACAAGCGAUCGCUCAAGGACCACAUCAAGGCCUUCGGCCGCGGCCAUGCCCCCUACGGCCUCGACUGCUUCGACGAGGAGGACGAGCCGUCUUCUGAGAUCGAGCAAGACAGUGAUCAUCAUCAUCAGGUGCAGCAGCAGCAGCAGCAGCAGUGUAGCCAGUCGCGGUAGAUGGGUUAGGGAAGAAAGAGAAGAAGUUGGAUUCGAAUUGGCUGUUUAGGUUUUUCUGUAGGUGUAGUAGCAUUAUCAGCUAAUGAUUUAGCUUUUCGAUAUGCAGCGACGACCUGGUUGAUCUGCAGUGGUCUUUCGUAGCUAAAGUUCCUCUAAUUCUCUUCUCUUCUUGUUUUGAUCCAAGUGGUAGAGUAGUCUUAUAGAACAAGAUGCAUGUUGGUUCAUCUUUUGUAGAUUUUGCUGCUCGUGGAUGGAUAUGCAUGCCUUGGUCUAAUCUACAUGUGCUUCUUUCUAUCAUUUGGAGGUUAAAUAAUUGGAUGAGAGGUUUAUAGUCAGUGACACAAGAAUAAAUGUAGACGCCGGAUUGCUUAUGCUUAG